AUGGAUCUGCAACAAGAUUUCCUUCCCCCUGUGACAGUAAUCCUCAAACCUCUUCAGUGGAUAUUUUUGAAAAGCACUGUUUUGCAUAUUGUAAUAUGGGCUACUUUUUUCUUUGAGAAUGUCCACUCAAUUUCUUGCUUCUCUCUCUUCCCAAGCCACAUCUACUGUACUGGAAAGCUUCUACACACAGUGCAGAUGGCGAAGCUCUUUGAUGAUGACAAAUAUUUUGUGGAUAUGAAAUUAAAGAUGAAUCCAGGUGUCGUUUUGGCAGCUUUUCGAAACCUCACUUCCCCUGUUGCAGAGAUAACUAAGGAGCAACUGAAACUCUUUGUCAAAACAUACUUCGAUGCUCCUGGGCAGGAGUUUGAGAAAUGGACACCGGCUGACUGGUGUGAUCACCCCCAAAUCCUUCAGAAAAUUUCUGACCAGAAACUGCGUCUUUGGGCUAAAGAACUACAUGCUCUCUGGAAGUCCUUGGGGAGGAAGAUUAAACUGGAUGUGCAGGCACACUCAGAACUGUAUUCCCAGGUUUAUGUGCCCAAACCUUUGAUUGUACCUGGUGGUCGCUUCAGAGAGUAUUAUUACUGGGACUCCUAUUGGAUAAUAAAAGGGCUGCUGCUGUCUGACAUGAGGGAAACUUCUAAAGGAAUGAUUGAAAAUUUUCUGUAUCUCGUGCAAAGAUUUGAAUUCAUCCCAAAUGGAGGGCGAAUUUACUAUGAACGCAGGAGUCAGCCACCCUUCCUGGUGUUGAUGAUGGAGAGUUACAUCAAUGUCACAAAUGAUCUAGACUUCUUAAAGCAAAGUAUUGAUCUCUUGGAUAAGGAGUACGAAUUCUGGAUGAAGAAUAGAGUCAUGCCUGUCAGUGUAGGAAGCAAAACUCAUCGUCUGAAUCGGUAUAUUGUUGAAGCAGCUGGUCCCAGGCCAGAAUCCUACAGUAAGGAUGUUGAAUUGGCUCAGGCAGUCCCAGAAGAAGACCUGUGGAUAGAGCUAAAAACUGGAGCAGAGUCUGGUUGGGAUUUUUCAUCCCGCUGGUUCAUUGACCCCAACGGGAAGAAUAAUGGAACUUUGAAAGACACAAAAACCACACAGAUCCUCCCUGUUGACCUGAACUCUGUCCUCUGCAAGAAUGAGCGAAUUCUAGCAAUGUUCCACAAGCUGCUGGGUAAUGUUUCUAAGGCACAGUACUAUGAGGAUGCCUUAAAGCAUCGCAUUGAUGCUGUACACGAUGUUUUCUGGGAUGAAACACAAGGAGUCUGGUUUGACUACAACUUAAUAACUAACCACAGCAACACUGCCUUCUAUGCUUCCAACUUGAUUCCUCUCUGGGCUGAGUGUUUUGUUGAGCAGGAGCCAGGAAAAAUAGCAGAGAUGGUGAUCCGUUACCUGGAGGGCCAACAACUAUUGUCGUACAAGAAUGGAAUCCCAACAUCCUUGCUGCCAAGUGGUGAGCAGUGGGACUAUCCCAAUGCCUGGCCACCCCUGCAGCAGAUGAUCAUUGAAGGCCUGGCAAAGUCCAACUCUGAGGCAGGCCAGAGGAUUGCAUUCCAACAAGCACAGAAGUGGAUCCACUCAAACUGGCAACUGUAUGAGAAGCAUCAGGCUAUGUUUGAGAAGUAUGAUGUCAAUGGGGAUGGCAGUCCAGGUGGUGGUGGAGAAUAUGAUGUCCAGGUGGGAUUCGGAUGGACGAAUGGCGUGGCACUGCAGCUCUUGGAUGAGUAUGGCGACCAACUCACCUCAGGGGUCACUGGCCAGACAUGCCUCACUUUGUUUGCUGUGCUUCCAGCCAGUUUCUUACUCUCUCAGUUCUGAAAAAUUGUGACAACAUUGUCACUAAUUUGGAGCCUUCCAAUUCUGUCACCAAUCAGCAGCAUUUACCAUCAGUCACUUGUCAUUCUAGGUGAAGGCAGAAACUAAAUAUAGGAAAGAAAAUGCUUAGUAAAUGAAGCGAAAGAGCCAAAAGGAAUAUAUAAAGUAAUUUUAUGGGGGAAAUGAGGGGCAACCAGGUCUUGAAAGAAUGUGUGCUGGUAAAGUUGCUGCUGCUUCUCUCAAAACCACUUCUUCUAUUAUUUCUUCUGAAGCUGUUCUUGAUCUUGUAUGACUUUUAUGAUCCAUUGUACACUAAUUAUAAACAGCAACAAAAAUUAACAAACUAUUCCUGAGAUUGUUAGUCAAAUGUUGUUUAAUUCUUGACUCUAGUUAAAAGUACUCCAAACUGCUCACCAAAUACCCGAAGACUUCAAACUGCAGGAACCCUUGGAUACCUGAGGCUCAUAUUUGGGAUUGCUGGGGAUAGUGAAAUGGGCCACAGCAAUUUUAGGUCUGUCCCUUUUCUGGAUGGUACUAUUCCUAAUUGUAACUGCACUUGAGAGGGUGCAGAGGAGAUUCACCAAGAUGUUUCCUGGACUGGAACAGUUCAGUGAAGAGAGUUUAAAUAGGCUGGGGUUAAUUUCCUUGGGAUGACAAAAAGUGAGUUGAGGGGUGGGGGGGAACACAGUUACAGGAGCACAGGGAGAAAUUUGUCCAUAAUUGAAGGCCCAGUAAUUACUGGAUGUAGUCUUAAUGUAAAAACAAAACAGGGGCCUUAGAGGAUCUGAAGAGAAAAGAAAGUUGUGGCAUCUGGGACGCGGUGCCUAAAAGGAUAGUGAACCUUCCAAUAUUUAGGAAGCAUUGAGGACCGCUUCAAACAGCAUAGCAUACCAAGUGCUUGAAAAUAGGAUUAGAAUAAAUAAAUGCUUAAUCAGUGUGGACAUGAUGGAAAAAAUUCUUCAGCCCAUGCAAUGAAAGCUCAAACUCUGCGUAAAGUAGUGUAUGUAUGCUGGGGGAGGAUGUGAAAUACUUUGUUUUGGUAAGUCCUGUGAUCUAGCUGCUAGGUGAUGUUCUUGUACCUUCAGGGCAGAGAGGGGAAAUAAGUUUUUUUUUGAAGAAAACCAAAGAAAUGGAUGCUGGGAAUUUGUCUCAUCAUUUCCUGUUACUAUCUCUGCACAUCACUAGGUAUUCAUUGGAUUGAUUGUACAGGCUUUCAAAGAAUGAAAAUGUAUUUUAUUUCCAAGGUAGUUUGAUAAAAGA